GUAAAAUGCACAACAAAACUUGCUUGACAUUGUGGAGGAAACAUUGGGACCUCGCCGCUGCACUUGAUUGUCUCUCAACUAUCCAUUUAGAUUUUUUUAUUCUACUCUCUCGCGCUGAAACACAUCUGCCCGUCAUCUUGUCUCCUCGCAAAAGCAGCAGAUUCCUGCUGAUGCAGCGAUGUCUGGAAAUGUCAACGGCUCGCUUAUUGCCCCGUACUGUAUCUCCCCCCCUGAAUUGCAGAGCAAGAUUUUCUCCUGCGGUAUACUGUAAGCUGUUCACACCACGGUGCCGCCGCUGCAGCUUUGCCAUCCUAUCUUUUCGCUCCUUUUCCACCUCAGGCUUUCCUCAUUAGACUCACCUGCAUUGCUUUACCUCAUCUUGCUUCACCGUCUAAAGACGUUUACACAUGUUUGAGGGCGCUUUGUGGCGGACUCUGUUGGGAUGAACACUGUAAGGCUCUAAGCUUUUUUCUGGGUAGGUGCAAUGUAAAGUUGCCACAUGACACCCGCUGGUGCCCUGCCGUUGGAUGAUUUUACUCGAGGAUAAGACGCAUUCAAGACCUUUCAAGAGCAACUCACGAGGCAGCAGUAACAACAGCAGCAGAUGCACUGGAGAGCAGCAAUGGUCAAGUCAGCGAGAACCGCAGUGGAGCCGCACUGAGGCAAAGCAGCCAGCCAGCCCCCUCGUUUCUGGGGACGUCUCCAACAGUUUAAGGGGUGUGGGAAGCUGAGGAGUGGAAAAUUUCCCCCAAACCUGAAUGCCCACUCAGUCAGACUAACCGACAUCCCAACACAACUUCUCCUGGACUUCCUCCUCUACCUCCUCCUCCUCCCAAAAUGACCGUGGUAGCAGGCGAUAACAUGGACGAGACCUCGGCUGUCCCUGGCCACCCUCAGGACACCUACCCCCCAGACCACAAUGACCAUGAAUGCUGCGAGAGGGUGGUAAUCAACAUAGCUGGUCUCCGGUUUGAGACACAGUUGAAAACUCUCUCCCAGUUCCCAGAAACCUUGCUGGGCAACCCUAAAAAGCGGAUGCGGUACUUUGAUCCUCUGAGAAACGAGUACUUCUUCGACAGAAACCGCCCCAGCUUCGAUGCCAUCCUAUACUACUACCAGUCUGGGGGUCGGCUGAGAAGACCAGUGAAUGUCCCUUUGGAUAUGUUCUCAGAAGAAAUAAAAUUUUAUGAGCUGGGAGUGGAUGCCAUGGAGAAGUUUCGUGAGGAUGAGGGUUUCAUCAGGGAGGAAGAGCGUCCUUUACCAGAGAAGGAGUUCCAGCGUCAGAUUUGGCUCCUCUUCGAGCACCCAGAAAGCUCAGGCCCUGCAAGAGGGAUUGCCAUAGUGUCUGUGAUGGUAAUCCUGAUUUCAAUAGUCAUAUUUUGUUUAGAGACUUUACCACAGCUGAAAGAGGACCCAGCAGGUCGAAUAGUGAGAGUUGGGAACACUACUAUGUAUUACAAGCCAAAUAUCCUCACUGACCCCUUCUUUGUCAUUGAGACACUCUGUAUAAUCUGGUUCUCCUUUGAGUUGAUAGUACGCUUUCUGGCGUGCCCAAGCAAACCGGCCUUCUUCAAGAACAUGAUGAACACAAUCGACAUAGUGGCUAUCAUCCCUUACUUCAUUACACUCGGCACAGAGCUGGCUGAAGACCCAGAAAAAGAGGGAGUGGGGGAGCAGGCAACAUCUCUGGCCAUACUCAGGGUGAUCCGCCUGGUCAGGGUGUUCAGGAUCUUCAAACUGUCACGCCACUCCAAAGGACUGCAGAUUUUGGGGCAGACCCUCAAAGCCAGCAUGCGAGAGCUUGGAUUGCUGAUCUUCUUUCUAUUCAUUGGAGUCAUCUUGUUCUCCAGUGCUGUCUACUUUGCUGAGGCAGAGGAGCAAGGAUCCUACUUUGGCAGCAUCCCCGAUGCAUUUUGGUGGGCGGUUGUGUCUAUGACAACUGUGGGCUAUGGGGACAUGGUCCCGGUCACUAUAGGAGGCAAGAUAGUAGGAUCUCUGUGUGCCAUUGCUGGAGUGUUGACAAUUGCGCUCCCAGUGCCUGUCAUUGUGUCCAACUUCAACUACUUCUACCACAGGGAGACUGAGGGAGAAGAGCAGGCCCAGUUGCUCAAUGUCAGCAAUCCCAACAUCCCCUCUGAAACCAACUCCAGUCGCCGUAGUUCAUCCACCGUCAGCAAGUCAGAGUACAUGGAGAUUGAUGGAGACAUAAACAAUAGCAUCGACAACUUUAGGGAGGCUAACCUCAGAACUGGCAAUUGCACUAUAGCCAACCAAAACUGUGUAAAUAAAAGCAAGCUACUUACAGAUGUUUAGACACUAGUUAGGAACUUUGGGAUCUCUAUGGGACUGUCAUAUAUGGAGUAGACCAUCAGUUAGGAAUGCUUAAUCUACCACCCCAAAGCGCUCUGUGGCAAUAGGCCUACAGCUAUGCUCAGCUAUAUAGAAAGGAAACAGAAAAAAGCUCUUAGGGUAUGUGACAGGUAGAUAGAAUAAUUAAUUCUUCUGAUCCUACAAAUAUAUAGGUACAUCAAAAAGAAAACAUCAAUUAUUACACAUACACACGGUUCCCUGGAGGACGCAGAGCACACACUGUCUUAUCAGAUGACCGCGUGAUAAUUAAAAUCUUAUGCAUGGAGUACAGAUAACAUUUCAGCAAGUUGCACAAUGCACCAGAAAAGUCUGCAGAGACAUGCAAGCAUCUGCAGCCAAGUGGUAAGCGCCAAGAUGUUAGGUGACCCCCGCCACCCCUCCUCCUUUCUCCUCUCUCCCUACAAAGGAUCUACUGUUCAGCAAAGCACCUUAUAGGAGGAAGACUGAUCUCUCUUGUUUGGAUGUAAAGAGAUGGUGAUCUACACGCUUCACGGACAUCCGCAAUGCUGCUGUUUUCUAGCAGAUGCUAUAAUUGUGAUAUCACCAAGUGAUUCAAUGCCAUGCCCUUUAGAUGCAACACAGCACAAUGAUAAAGUGAGCUUCACAUGAGCAUGAUUAGAGACUUUCCAUUUUGAUAACGGCAUGCAUGAGACAUAUCACACACAAUGGAAAGGAUGUUCUUUUGGAUAUCUACCUCCAUCCCCCGUUCUCAUCUGUUUUCAUACUGAGUGCACUGGAUGAGUUUUUAAUUUGAAAUGUUAAUCAUUUAGAAGUAUAGACAUUGAAUGUUAAAUCUUAAGGGAACAGUACAUAAAUGAGAUCAUAGCAUGAAAAAAGUAACCUGCAUUAUGGUCUACUGACUAAGGUACUUUUGUAUCCUGGUAUAUUUAAUGCAUGACACGAGUAUACAGCUUGUUGCAAUUCAGGCACUCUGCAGUGCCCUAUUGUCAGGGAAACUAAGGAAAUCAAACUCUGGAUGUUUCUGAAUUGCGAUCAAAUAUAUCCAAACCCACCUUGGAGGAUGCAGAGUUUCUAAUUAAAAAGUAGUCAAAGAAACUGAAUAAAUAUUAUCAAAAAUGCAUAUAAUCAUAAUAAGCACCAAUUACAGUAUUAUGUCAAUAGUGCAGUGCAUGGACCUUCUUUGAACAAGAAAAGUUACACAUUUCGCUAGUCAUGCAUCCAUUUACACGUCAAUUUGAAUACAUAUUGGUUUGGAAUCUACAAAAAAAAGGAUCAAUACCAAAUUUCACUUCAUAUUAGAGAGGAUUAUUCUGACAUUAGUUGCUAGUGCCUUUAUCCUUUCACCAACAGGACCAGUGAUAGUGCCUCUGUGUACAAGGGGAUUUGUGAGGUUGAGCUGAGCAGGUGUACCUUCUGUUCUAGCGUUGAUACACAGUUGGUUUUGAUGUUAAUAAUGCCAGAUGAGCAAGGUUGAAACAGUAGGUGAUUGUGGUCAAAAAAAGAAAAGAUGAUCCAUGGCUGUUAUGCACAACACAGUUUUCAUGCUGUCACGCACUUAAUUAUGCCCUUAAGCAGCAAUGUAUUGUACUCUGCAUGUUUACCAGUUCAAUUCAAAAGGGAAUAUCCAUAGGUCUUAAACAUAUUUUAUUUAUGUUUGUUGUUUUUUUUUUUCGUGCACCAUGCAUCCUUUCAGGGUCUCUACCUCAGUGAGGUCAUUGCAAACUUGCUGCAGAGCUGCAAGCUUCAAUGCAGGGCUUCCAAUACCAUAAUGCAAAAUGGAACCUUAAGUGUAAACUGCAUUCAUGCAACAUUGAAUGUGAGAGUCCCAAGCAUAGCCUUUACACAAGCACUUAGGCAAAUAGUGUACAAUCCUGCUCCUUUUUUUCACUUAAAGCUACGCACAAUCAGAACAUUCAUUUGUAGAGAUUGCUUGACUCUCUUAACGGGAUGAGAUCGACUGUUUUAUAUGUUAGUUUCUUUGAAUCAGUGGUAUCAAAGUUACUGUUGAGUCACAGAAACACACCUGAAUGUGUUUCAACACACCACACACACAUAAACACACACACACACACACACACACACACACACACACACACACACACACACACACACACACACACACACACGCCCGUCUUUUUGCACAAGGAUUUUGUUCUGUAGCCUGAAUUAUUUUGCUUGUGAAUUUGUUUUACUUUUUCACUGUGCUCAUAACUAGUGCAUUGCUUCUCAGCAUAUUGUUCCAGACAGGCUAACUGCAGAUAGAUUUGGAAACUGUAAUAAGUACUUGAACAUCUCUAGCUACUGUACACUAAUUUACACUCAGCAUUGAGAUGAAUUCACCCAAAUGAUAGUAAGAUUUUGUACUGUACUGUAUGCUCUUUUUUAAUUUAGCACUCCCCUGACAAGGUCCUGUACUUGUCUUGAAUGUCAUAGUUAUUUCUGUUGGUGCAAUGGCUAUCCUUUGUGGUGCUAGUAAAGGACUACCAUUGAUGUAUUGUUCCAUCACACGUUAUCUGAAGCAUCAGCUGAUGUAAGCCUUUGUUAAUUGUUUUGGACAAAACUUUUUUCAUUUUGUAAUCCUUGCUCCUGUUUUGUUUUUGGUGGCUGGUUGGUUACGACCAAUCGUAAUGACGUUUGUCAUUUUAUUUGGAACUGAUCUUUGUACUGUACUGCUGAAGAGUGUCUGCCUCAGGUGAGGUACAAUUUCAAGAGCCUUGCUAGUUGUCAGUAGCUUAACGUGAGAGCAAAAAAGAUACACAUUUGUGUCAGGGAUCUAAAAUUUGUAUAUGGUCUCUCAUGCAGAAGGACACAAAUAAUACCCAAUACCAUACAUUAUAUUACUAUAUAGAGAGAUACAAGGUAAUUAUAGAAGUCUCAUAAAUGCAGCUAUCAGGAAAUUGUUUGCUUUAGUCACAAGUUUCUCGUACAACUGAUGCUUGAUGUGUGUAACAUGUCAUGCAGGAAACAGCCGAUAGUGAGGUGAAGAAAAUACAAAUGGUAUCCCUCAUGUUAGCAGUGCUUCUGCUACUCUUGCUGUAAAGGUAUGUAUGGAUGGUGCUAUGCAUUCAAUUACACAAAAGAAACAUGCAUUCUUAACAGCAAUAGAAUAACAGAUCGCCUGCUUCUUAGAUGCUUUUGUAAAAAUAGGAAAACAAAUGUAUUUUGAAUGUAAGAGAAACUGCUAUCACUUGACAGAGAACUUGCAACAGGGCUGUUUAUGUACUAAUGUCUCACCCUCUGUUAUGUGAUUUUGUAAGGUCAGUGGGGUCAAACAUGGAGGCUGAUAUUUUACUGAGAGAACCCCGUGAAAAAUACAAAUAUAGGCUUUGUAAUAGUGGCAGUCCCCAUUAACCACCCAGGUUGGACUGGAGUUGUUUUGCAGUCAGGAACAAAGGCUGCUGAAGUGUUCAGUUGAACGUACAACACAGUCCCAAAGGAAGAGCCCAUAAUUCACUUAGAGAGAGCAUCCAUCAUCAGUUCUGUCUGUCGGACUGAUCAGCUGUGUGAGAGAAAGUCAGAGAAGGUGCCUAAAAUGUUUUACAUAUUCCUUUGUUUAGCUUACUGUUAGAUGUUAUGCUUCUGCAAACAAACAUGAGAGACAAGAUCUAAAGAAUGACAUUAACCUAAUUAAAGUAUGAGAAAAAACAUGAAAUGUCAUGGGAACAAAAUGCAAUUUAGCUACAAUAAGAUAAAGAAAAGUAACCACUAUAUACUGCAAUGACGUAUGAAAAACUAUUUUAAUGUGUGUUUUUAUUUUCCUGUUUUAUUUUUUGUCACUGUAACAUGACUGAUUUAGGAAGAACAUGCCAUAUAAUGGAAUAUCAAAGACAAUAUGUCCCUUUGGCAAGUCAUGAUGUUGAAACUACUGUAUUAUGAUCCAUUGCUAUACACUAAAUGAUAUGGUCAAGAAGUGUACUAUUAUAAAAAAAAACAAAAACAACAUAUGGUUUGGAUUCAUUCAAACACCAUAUUCACAUUUUUCCAAUCUCCACUGCUGAACCUACUGCUAUAAUGUAUCUCUACAGAAAUCUACUUAUCGCAAAAAACUGCAUGGUCGACUGCAUGAGUUUUGCCUUUCAAACAGUGGAUCAACUAUAAUACAGUUGCAUCAUUAAAAAAAAAAGAAACCCUUGCUUUCAUCUGUACCAAGGCUUCCUGGAAGGCCCUGUUCAGAAGUUGUCGUGAAACGUGUCCUCUGCUGGAUUUCUUAAAAGCACCUUAGCGCUGACCUCAUCACUAAGUCGAUGUUGGGUAUCCGAGCCGCACUCAGCGUCUGUUUGUGAUUUUCAGGUUGUGCUUGCUAGGCUCUGAAUGUGAGCAAGGACAUUAAGGGCUAGUUUCUCAAACUUUAUCUCUAUUCUAGGACUGAAACGCUCUUUCAACUGACAUUUUGCCUAUUGUCAUCUCAGUCUAGACUGUAGUGAUACUGUGUUGUGGGAACCAUGCCCAUCAUGUCUAAGCAGGGCCUGUGCCACACACCCUCCUCUGUACUACAUUGGUUUUAAGGCAUUCUUGUUUGCUGAAGGUCUCGGACUGCUUUCUGCCUGCUGAGGAGGCACUGACAAGAUCAAAUGUUGGGAUGUUGUGUACCUCACUCGCCAAAGGUGAUUGUUGAUAUGACGUUAGAAGUGUGAUGGCCAUGAGUUUGUUUUUUUCUGUCAAGAAUGCACAUUUAAUCGUUAGCAGGAAAGUUUUGGAGCAAAGCGCAAAAAGGACUGUUGAACUCUUUUGCUCUUCUUUUCAUCCACAAGCCAACCAAACUCUGAUUGUGUUAUCCAAUCCAGCCGUCAUUGUCAUGUUAUGUUUCCAAAGGAUUAUGCUGCAAUGUGUUCAGUUUGUCAGAUGAUGACAAAGGCAUGGUCUGUGAUCUAUGCAAGGGUUAUUUGUUUUUGUUUUUCUUCUAUCACUUAUAAUUUACAUUAACUUCAAUAAAUUUUUAAGGAUCUGCUGGUGUAUGAUCAUUAUGGCUUGGGGUUUGGGGUGUUUAUCUGCAAUG